AGAGAAGAGGAACCUUUCCCUGGGGGGCCAUGUGGGCUUCGACAGCCUCCCCGAUCAGCUGGUCAGCAAGUCUGUCACACAAGGCUUCAGCUUCAACAUCCUCUGUGUGGGUGAGACGGGCAUUGGGAAAUCCACGCUAAUGAACACCCUGUUCAACACCACGUUUGAGACGGAGGAGGCCAGUCACUACGAGAGCGCGGUUCGCUUGCGGCCACGGACCUACGACCUGCAGGAGAGCAACGUCCACCUGAAGCUGACGAUCGUGGACGCGGUUGGAUUUGGGGAUCAGAUAAAUAAAGACGAGAGGCCGAUAGUUGAGUACAUUGAUACGCAGUUUGAAAAUUAUUUGCAAGAAGAGUUGAAAAUCCGCCGAUCUCUCUUCAACUAUCAUGACACGAGGAUUCACGUCUGCCUGUACUUCAUCACCCCAACCGGGCACUCGCUCAAGUCCCUGGACCUGGUGACAAUGAAGAAGCUGGAUAGCAAGGUGAACAUCAUCCCGAUCAUUGCCAAAGCAGACACCAUCUCCAAGAGCGAGUUGCACAAGUUCAAGAUCAAGAUAAUGAGCGAGCUGGUCAGCAACGGGGUGCAGAUCUAUCAGUUCCCCACAGACGACGAAGCGGUCGCCGAGAUCAACUCGGUGAUGAACGCCCACCUGCCUUUCGCUGUGGUCGGCAGCACAGAGGAGGUGAAAGUCGGGAACAAGCUGGUGAGAGCUCGGCAGUACCCCUGGGGAGUGGUGCAAGUGGAGAACGAAAGUCACUGCGACUUCGUGAAACUGCGGGAGAUGCUGAUUCGGGUCAACAUGGAGGAUCUUCGGGAGCAGACGCACACGCGCCACUACGAGCUGUACAGGAGGUGCAAACUGGAAGAGAUGGGCUUCAAGGACACGGAUCCAGACAGCCAGCCCUUCAGCCUCCAAGAAACAUACGAGACCAAAAGGAAAGAGUUCUUGGGCGAGCUCCAGAAGAAAGAGGAAGAAAUGAGACAAAUGUUUGUUAACAAAGUCAAAGAGACGGAGGCAGAGCUGAAGGAGAAGGAGAGAGAGCUGCAUGAGAAAUUCGAGCACUUGAAAAGGAUACACCAGGAAGAGAAGAGGAAGGUGGAGGAGAAGAGGAGGGAGCUGGAGGAAGAGAUGAACGCCUUCAACAGGAGGAAAGUCGCGGUGGAAACGUUGCAGUCCCAAUCCUUGCAGGCUACCUCACAGCAGCCGCUGAAGAAGGACAAAGACAGGAAAAA